AUGGCAUCUCACGGACAAAGACUGUCGUCGGACAUGGAGAUGGGAGAAACAGGCAAGAUCGAGAAUCGACCACAGGCAGUGAGCCAAGUUGAGCACCACGAGGUGGAAAUCAAUCCGACUGCUGGGACGCCAACUACCCUGGGCAACCCAAUGCCGAUCGGCGUCUUCUACUUCUUCGGUGGCCUUCUCAUGGUCAUUGCGUCUAUCCUCGAAUUUUUCCUCGGCCAUACCUUUCAAUUCGCCGUGUUCGGUUCUUUUGGGGCUUUCUGGUUUUCAUUCGGUGCGACGUUGACACCAUCCUUCAAUGCGGCCGCGGCAUACCAACCUGAGUCACCGGAAACGGCACUCACGAAUGCGACAUUCAAUGCGACAUUUGCUUACUUCCCGUUGUACAUGGCGCUGCUGUGCUCCAUAUAUUUCAUUGCCUCACUGAAAACUAAUGUGGUGCUCAUGCUGACGUUCCUGCUUUUGGUCCCCAUGUUGGCGUGUCUCUCCGGAGUGUUUUUCAAGGCCGCCGAGGGGGUCGCAGCAACAAAUCUUAUGACAGCGGCCGGUGCUUGCGGUUUCGUUGUCUGUAUCCUUUGUUGGUAUUUAUUGCUGGUGCAGAUUCUGGCUUCUGUUGAAUUCCCUUUCAAUCUUCCAGUCGGAGAUCUUGAGUGGUUGGUGAAACGGAUGAAGCAUAAGCGAUCUUAG